GACAUGCAUAUACUUACAAUUCUAACAGCUUUUUUGUUAGUAGAGCAUUUCACCGUCUUAAAAUACCGUUCAAAAAGUUGUAAUUGUCGCCGACGGACGGCGCUGAAGCGCGUCAGACGUUUUGUUCCUGUCACGUGACCCUUUGACCAGGAAGGCGGAAACACAACCAACAAUCUAAAGUACCAUUAGCCAUGUGGCUGGACUAGAGGCUCAGUGAUGCCAGCUGCAGAGCAUGUCCGUCUGGGUAGGAAGCGGACCCUGCCCCCGUGCCCCAACCCUCUCUUCCUCCAGUGGCUGUCAGAGCUCCGGGACCAGGCGGCAGAGAAGGGACAGAAGACCCAGUACGUUUAUCAGAAGGCUAUCAGUUCCUUGAAGAAGUACCCCCUCCCCCUCCAGAACGCUCGAGAGGCUAAGAUUCUACAGAACUUUGGAGACGGAAUCUGCAAGAUACUGGAUGAGAAGUUACAGAGGCAUUACAGAGAGAACGGUCCAGACGCUCCCAUCCACUCCCUUCCCAGCGGUGUGACAGUGGCCCCUAGUCGCCGUAGCAACAACAACCUGGCUCAGCCCACCAAACAGCCCUCUAGGAAAGAGAGGGAAGGAGGGAGGAGGAAGAGGGAAUAUGUGCCCCAGAAGAGGUCUGGUGGAUAUGCUGUUCUGCUAACACUCUACAGAGAGUCUCAGGUUCCUGGGGGUAAGGGAUUUAUGUUUAAACUGGAGCUGCAGGCUGAGGCCCAGCAUCUGUCUGACAAGUCCUUCUCUGUGCCUGAUCUAGGUAGUAAAUACACGGCCUGGUCCUCAGUGAGCACACUGAUACAGAAAGACUUGGUCCUGAAGACACACAACCCCGCCAGGUAUUCUCUUACUGAGCUGGGUUUGGCCCUGGCAGAGAGACUAGAAGACGGAGAGAGAGAACAAGAAGAGGACAGGAGGAGUGACGUGAGGGAAGAAGAAGAGGAGGGAAGUGGGCCUGGCGUUGACCUUACUGCCGAGGAAGAUGAGAGACAGAAGAGAACAGAGCCCAUAGCGGGGCCUAACCGGGCAGCCUAUGUUGCCCAGAGAGGGAGUGAGGUGCCUGGGGUACACUCUUCAGAAAAGCCCCAGGCUGCAGAGACAAAGACCAGGCCGGCUAGAAGCUGUCUGUACCCAGGCAGUUAUGACAUUGUGCUAUGUGUGGACUUCAUUGAGACUACUGGGGGCAGCACGGCCUGUAAGCAGGAGCUGGUGAAGGAGCUGCAGAGGAACGGCGUAACCUUUGACGUCAGGAAGUUAAACGUAGGUGACUUCCUGUGGGUGGCAAAGGAGAGGGUCGCUCCCGUAUCAGGUCAGUUGCGUGCCCCUCCAAGUAGGGAGCUGGUCCUUGAUUACAUCAUCGAGAGGAAGAGGAUGGACGACUUGUGUGGUAGCAUCAUCGAUGGACGAUUCAGGGAACAGAAGUUUCGUCUGAAGAGGUGUGGUCUACAGAAGCCCAUCUACCUGGUGGAGGAGUGUGGUUCUGCUGCUGCUCACCUGAGUUUACCUGAGACCACCCUACAGCAGGCUAUAGUUAAUACACAGGUGGUAGAUGGCUUCUUUGUGAAGAGGGUCCAGGACGUGAAGGAGUCUGUAGCCUACCUCACUGUCAUGACCCGAUACCUCUCCAAGCUUUACCAGAACCGUACCUUGGUCUGUCGCUCCAGGGAGCUGGAGGGGGAUGGACAGAACGAGGAAGAGUGUGGAGGGAGGGAGAGAGAGGACCCCUCCUGUUCUCUCAUCUCCUUCGCAGAGUUCAACCAAGGAGCUGUCAAGAACAAGUGUCAGACAGUGAGAGAGGUGUUUGCCAGACAGCUGAUGCAGAUCUCUGGACUCUCUGGUGAUAAGGCUGUUGCUAUACUAGAACACUACAGUACUCUACACAGUCUGUUGAAAGCGUAUGAGCAGUGCCCCAGCGACACAGAAAGAGAGAAACUACUCUCCUCCAUCCGAUAUGGAAAACUGAAAAGGAACUUGGGUCCAGCUUUGAGUCGCACAGUUUACCAGCUCUACUGUACGAAAGGAGCACUGUCAUAGACACACACACUCUCACUCACACCACAACACACACACACACACACACACUCUCGCUCACACACACACACCACAACACACUCUCGCUCACACACACACACACCACACACACACACACACACACACACCACAACACACACACACACCACAACACACACACACACACACACACACACACACCACAACACACACACACACCUCUACAAACGUAGUGGUUCAGUCAUUCCCUGCCAAUGUAAACCUAUAUGUAAAUGCUGUUAUUUUUCUACUAUUUUCUAGUCAAGUAACGGGGCGGCAGGUAGCCUAGUGGUUAGAGCGUUGGACUAGUAACCGAAAGGUUGCGUGAUCGAAUCCCCGAGCUGACAAGGUACAAAUCUGUCGUUCUGCCCCUGAACAAGGCAGUUAACCCACUGUUCCUAGGCCGUCAUUGAAAAUAAGAAUUUGUUCUUAACUGACUUGCCUAGUAAAAUAAAGAAUAAAAUAAAGUAUUAUUUUAAAAAGUUCCAGAAAUUAUGUUUAAGAAUGAAUUAAAGUCUUGGCUGUAGUUUGGAGAAAUAUUCUUUGUUGUUGUCAUCACUGUUAUAAAUGCAUUUAUUACCCAUAACUCCCAGAGCUGUUCCAGUUUAACACAUCAAAGCAUUUUCUGCUUAAAACGGCCCUGAUAUACUGAGUGUACAAAACAUUAGGAACACCUACUCUUUCCAUGGGACUGACCAGGUGAAUCCAGGUGAAAACUAUGAUCCCUUAUUGAUGUCACUUGUUAAAUCCACUUCGGUCAGUGCUGAUGAAGAGGAGACGGGUUCAGUCAGUGCUGAUGAAGAGGAGGGACAGGUUCAGUCAGUGCUGAUGAGGAGGGACAGGUUCAGUGCUGAUGAAGAGUAGGAGAAGGGUUCAGUCAGUGCUGAUGAAGAGGAGAUGGGUUCAGUGCUGAUGAAGAGUAGGAGAAGGGUUCAGUCAGUGCUGAUGAAGAGGAGGAGAAGGGUUCAGUCAGUGCUGAUGAAGAGGGACAGGUUCAGUCAGUGCUGAUGAAGAGGGACAGGUUCAGUCAGUGCUGAUGAAGAGGAGACGGGUUCAGUGUUGAUGAAGAGGAGACUGGUUCAGUGCUGAUGAAGAGUAGGAGAAGGGUUCAGUCAGUGCUGAUGAAGAGGAGGGACAGGUUCAGUGCUGAAGAAGAGGGACAGUGGCGACACGUCAUUCUGUUUUGAACCCUGCCUUUUAAGCUGAAAAAAAAGUUUGUUUUUAUGUUAUUUUGGCGUUGAUACGUGUGUCACACAUCAGUUUGCAGAGAAUGUAAACCAUGUAAUAAAGCCACAUACAAACCAUG